UUUAACGUUUUACAAAUAAAUAUUUCGCAUUAGUAUUUAAAAAUCAGCAGUGGUCAGUUAUCACGUUAUCAGUCAUCAGUAAUCAGUAAUUACUUAAUCAAUAUUAGUGUCAGUGUUUUUUUUAAAAGUUAUAAUGCCUUACAAAAAUGUUCAGUAUGUUAUUUUUGACAUAGACGGAUUACUUUUAGAUACUGAAAAACUAUAUGAAGAAAUUAUUGAUGAAGUGUGUCAGCAUUUUGGUGGAAAGUACACUGAAAUAUUAAGGCAAAAGAUUCUUGGACGUAAAGAACAAGAUACUGCCACAAUUUUAAUCAAAGAAUUAAAUUUAUCGUGUUCAGAAGAUGAAUUUUCUGCAUAUUAUCAAGCAAGCUAUGUUAAAGGCCUCGAAGCUGCUGAAUUAAUGCCAGGUGCUGAGAAAUUGAUUAAGCAUUUAUCCGCUCAUAAAAUACCAAUAGCUUGUGCAACAUCCUCUAGCAGUCUUAGUAUUCCAGCUAAAACCAAAAAUCAUCAAGAACUAUUUAAAUUAAUGAAUCAUGUUGUGAGUGGUACAUCUGAUCCCGAGGUCAAAGAGGGUAAACCGUCACCAGAUAUAUUUUUAAUAUGUGCAGCACGCUUUCCUGAUAAACCUAAGCCAGAUCAAUGUUUAGUAUUUGAGGAUGCUCCAAGUGGUGUUCAAGCAGCUUAUGCGGCCGGUAUGCAAUGUGUUAUGGUGCCAGAUCCUCGAAUACCAGACGAUGAUCGUAAACUUGCAACGUUGGUUUUAAAAUCAUUGGAAGAUUUUGUUCCCGAGGAAUUUGGAUUACCACCUUACAAGAAUUAAUGUUUAUAAUAAUUUUUUUUCAUUU